AUGAACAUCCAAUUUGUGGAGGGCUAUGGGGGAUGUGCGGGAGGUGUUGGAAACUCUGCUCUGACCGUACAGUUUGUUCAAAGAAUUUUUGUUGAAAAAUAUGAUCCUACGAUAGAAGAUUCUUACAGAAAGCAAGUUGAAGUAGAUGCACAACAGUGUAUGAUUGAAAUCUUGGAUGAUACUGAUGAUGUUCCAAUGAUUCUGGUUGGUAAUAAGUGUGACUUAGAAGACGAAAGAGUCGUAGGAAAGGAACAAGGUCAAAAUCUAGCACGACAAUGGAACAACUGUGCAUUCUUAGAAUCUUCUGCAAAGUCAAAAAUAAAUGUUAAUGAGAUCUUUUAUGACCUAGUUCAGCAAAUUAACAGAAUAACUCCUGUGCCUGGGAAGGCCUGCAAAAAGUCAUCGUGUCAGCUGCUUUAA